AUGGUGCCCCGAGUACACUGCGUGCGACAUGCACAAGGCGAACACAACAAAGGAGGUGACGCCUAUCUGAUCUCGGACCCUCGGCUCACAGAAGCAGGAAUCAAAGAAUGUCAAGCUCUUGAAGCUCGGUUCCCUUAUCAGUCCUCUAUCGACUUGAUUGUAGCUUCUCCACUCAAAAGAACGAUACAAACUGCAUUGUACUCGUUUCAGCCUGCGAUCAAGCGCGGUGUUAGAGUUGUUGCUCUCGCUGAACUUCCGGAGACGAGUGACGUAGCUUGUGAUACUGGCAGCGAUGUGGCAGACUUGAAGCGAGAGUUUUCCGAAUACCUGCUUGCGUCGGGGACUCCUGUUGUGGAUUUCAGUCUAGUUCCGGAAGAUUGGACUAAAAAGAUCGGUAAAUGGGCUCCUUCCUCUGACGCCUUGAUAAACAGAGCUUGUGCUGCACGCCGGUGGCUGCGGCAAAGACCCGAGAAGGAAAUAGUCGUUAUAUGCCAUGGUGGAUUCCUGCAUUACUUUACACAGGACUGGAGUGGAAUCAAGGCUGAAGAACAUGCAAGUGCAUGGGAAAACUGCGACUUCCGAACAUAUCAAUUCGUCGAUAGUCCAGACAAUGAGGCGACAAUGCUGGAGACCGACGAGUCACGACAUGCCAGAGGUGCUGCGGAUCAAAAGGUGCCCACCAAGGAAGAGCAGCAGAAACUAUACCUGCAAGCGAUGCAAACGUGGGAAGAUCGAGGAUUUCAGAACCCAUUGAAACUGAACGAACAAUUCUCGUGA